AUGGCUCCGUUUACUCGCGCCGCUGUCGAUUCAACGCUUGCCUCUGCAAUUCAACUCCUCAGGAUCACGGCUCGACCUUCAGUGACCCCGAACCGCCUCGCUUCUCACCUGCGAAGCGACACGCGAAAUGGAACAUUGAAUAUGUCUCACUGUUUGCACCAGUCCGGUUGCUCAACAAGAUACUUAACAUGCGCGAGCUUGUCCGAUAAAUCGCGACAGUCUCGGCUUACACGUCCGAACUCGCAGCCCAGCCAACUAUCCCUGUCGACACUCGAAACAUAUAAUCGAAGAGAGUUUCAUACCUACUUUGUGACACAUCUGCCUUCGUCUUCUGUUCAUCCCGAUUCUCGCCCGAUAGGACCCGGCCACAAGCUCCCUCGCGAUGCUGCGACCCCUCACACUCCAAGUGCUGGGCCUGUCCCCGCUGUCGCCCCGCCUUACAUCCCGUCAACCCGAGACUUGACUGUGGUACGAAUUCCAAUGCGGAGGGCAAAACAUCAUUUGGGAGUCGCAACAGAUCGAGGAAGCCGUCCGUACAACGAAGAUCGAGAACAGGCUGGCACAAUCAGUCUUCCGGCCUUUGCAAAGAGGGCACCUAGGAGCGUAAAGCACAACCCAGGAGAGGCUACCGCAGCAGACAGUGCUUGGGGAGACCCUCAGAUCUUUUACUUUGGUGUUUUUGACGGACAUGGAGGCAGUGAAUGUGCUGAUUUCAUCCGAGAAGAACUACCGGGGUAUAUUGAGAAGGCAUCGGAAGAAUUCGGACUUCAGAGCAGUUUGCGCAAGAAAAAACCAAGUCGUGAAGGUAUACACAAUCACCACCAUGACCACAAACACAAACAAUCUCGCACGCCCCAAUCAGGGCAACCUGCGAGUACUCCGUCGACGAAACGCGAGGCUCUUGAUGCCGUCCACAUGAAAGGGCCAGAAGAGGUCAGGCAAGAAAUGAAUGUGCUUGACUCAAACAGCAGCGCUAUAUCUGAAAAGCCAGUACACGGAGAGCGAAUACACAGCGCAACAUCGCCGCCUGCUGAAGUCUCAGACCUUGCAAAAGCAAUUCGUAUGGAGAAGAACUUGGUCAAGGAAUACCGAGAUACUGUCGGCGGUUACUUCAGGCGCUUUCACCCUGAACACUUUGUUCUCUCACGAGAUGAAUUUGCUGUAGAAGGGCGCAAGAUCACGAUUGAAUCGGUGCUUGCAUAUGCCUUUUUGCGCGCGGAUCUAGAUUUCGUAUCCGCCCAGGCACGAAAGGUCGACCCUGAAGAUAUGAAAGGAUCCGAUGAUGCCCCUGUCAACAACGACGAGGUUUUUGGACAUCCGUCUACGCCCUCUGGUCACGGAAUAGGAGGUCCGGCAAGAUUCAAAGGAGGCUCCACGGCUUCUGUCGCCCUCAUUUCGACGCCAACACCCGCCCCUUUUUGGCACCCGGCAGCCCAGAGUACGUUACUAUGCGCUCAUGUUGGAGACAGUCGUAUACUUCUUUGCGAUACCGCUACCGGUUUAGCUCAGCCUUUGACAUCUGAUCACCAUCCCAGCAGCCCAACUGAGAGUCGCCGGUUGCGACGAUAUGCACCUGCUGGAUCUAUGGUUUCUGGCGAUAGUUUCGGCGAGGAACGCAUUGCUGGCUUAGCCAACAGUCGCGCUUUCGGAGAUAUGAAGAGCAAGCGCAUUGGUGUCUCAGCUGAACCAGAGCUCACGCGCGUCGAAAUGGGUCCUGCGCAGUACUCUUUCCUUGUCCUGAUGACGGAUGGUAUUUCUGGGACUCUUAGCGAUCAGGAGAUCGUCGACGUUGUCAAAGAGGCUCGUACGCCUGAAGACGGAGCUCGCAACAUCGUCAAAUAUGCCACUGAGGUUUCCAAUGACGGCGAUAACGCAACAUGCCAAGUGGUACGUCUGGGCGGCUGGGAGCGUCGAUCUGAAGGUGGACUGGGCAGUCUUGGAACCAAAGAGGUCCGUGAUGCCCGCAUUGCAGAGGCUCAAGAUCCCCGACGAGGGAAGAGAUGA